AUGGAUGAUGAGGAGCGCCAGCUGGCAGCCCACUUCACAGAACUCGAGGCGCAUUUGGCAUCACAGCUUUCCUAUGGCGACUUGGACCUCACACUUGCAGAGCUGCGCGAUGUGCAGCACCGUUGCCAAGCCGUGGGUCUUGGAGCACCCAUUCUCGAAGCUUUGGACGAUGCAAUUGCAGGCGAGUCAGACGAUCUCUCCUUCAGCAUCGACAUCUCCAGUGACGGUGACCAGACAGACAUCCUCUCCUGUGCAGGCGACUACCUGGCGCUGUUCCGUCACUACGCCCUGGCGGAGACCCAGUACCGGGCCGCAAAAGAUGAGUUCGGCCUGGCACGCUGCCUGGCCGAGCGCCUGGCACGGGAGCGCCGCAGCAGCGCCUCAGAGGAGUUGGACCGGAUGGAGGUGGAAGCCCUGGAUGCAGCGCUCGGAGCCGUGCACCGGGUUCAGGUGACUGGUGGGUCCGCGAACGAGCGCAGCUGGGAACGCCGAGCCUGCCAGGCCCUUCAUCUCCUGGAUGAUCUCAGUGCGUCCUCGCGUCCGGGUCGACUUGAAGAACGCUUGGAAGACCUCAAGUCGGCACCUCUGCAGCUCAUUGAGUCACUGGGCUGCUUCCUUCGCUGCCCCGGCGCUGGUGCGGUGGAGAAUCUCUCGAGGAGACUUCUGUUGCCAGCACCUUGGCUGGCACAGCCGCUGUCAACCCUGCAUGGCAUCCAGCUUCCCCCAGGUGUUCGGACUUUGCUGGUGGACUCGCGGGCCUUCUGCCAGCCAGGCAUGGAAAUCGCUGUGCGGCGUUGGCGACAUGAAUUGCGAAGAGCACUCGAGGAGGGACCUACUUGCCCGCCUUCAAGAGACUUGCUUGCCAGCGCUGCUGCCAUUGCGUGCCAUUGCCACUUCACAGGCUAUUGCAUUCCGUUGCAAGAGAACGAGGAGGAGUAUGAAGAAGGCGACGAAGAAAACGAAGGCAAGAUGCCUUCAGCUUUUUCCGCUUUCGAUGUUAAGUGGAUCGUUUCUGCAAUGUACGAGGUGCCUUGUCAAGCCGCGCCCCCACAGCUGGAGGCCAUGGGCUCCAUCCCUGAGCUGGUCGAGCUCAUUUGCAGGACCUGCAAGCAUCCGAAGGAGGAGGAAGAGUUCAUGAAGACCUUGGACUACCUCUCCCAACCAGCCAAACCGGGUUUGCCGUGUUCACCGUGCCGGGACUUCUACGACUCAACCUUGUAUCCACCAUGGCACUAUGCGGUUGAAAGUGUCGGAGUGGUCCCUGUGCCUUUACACGUGCGCUUGCAACACAUCUCUCCACUGUGGACUCCUCAGGAGGUGCCCUCCUGUCGCAUCCUGGUUGCUGGUUGCGGCUCAGGCCAUCAGGUGGCCGUUGAGCUUCGCAGCACUGUGUUGGAGGGCGCUUCGGAGCUGAUCGCCCUGGACGUGUCUGCCAGAACCAUGGCUGCAGCGAAGCGCAAGCUUCGAGCCGUCCUCACAGACAGAGAGUUUGCUCGUGUAAAGUUUCUCGUGGGUGACAUCCAGCACCUUACUCGAGGUCAUGCUUUCGUUCGAGAUGGCUUCAACCUCAUCGUUUGCUGUGGGGUGCUGCAUCACUUGGCCGACCCAGCGUUGGGACUCGAGCGCCUGGCAGCGCUGCUUGUUCCAGAUGGUGUCCUACAGCUUGCAACCUACUCCACAAUCAGCUUCAAGACAUGGCAGCCGCGAGUUCAGGCGUGGCUGCAAAAACUGCCUACUUUCCGCUCGAUGUCGCAAGGCUCGAGGACGCCCUCACGUCAAGAGGUGCGAGCCUUGCGCCAAGAGAUCCUCACAGCCUCCAAGGAGGAAGCCUUGCACAGUCUGCCCACUGCCAUCAGCGUCGCGCAUGAUUCCUGGGUAGGAAGUAGGAUAGUGCAGGAGCUUGAACGGGCCGCGUGCAAGGAGUUCUUCACCUACGCAGGCUUCCUGGACUUGCUCUUUCAUCCCCUAGAGAGGACCGCGAAGGAUCUAAUCCCGCACCACCCCUAA